UCAGUGUGUCAGUGUAUGGCGUCUGUGCUGGUAAUGGUGGUGAGUGUAAGGAUGUCUCUGAGCGGUAGAGGGACUGAGGCGGACGGUGGUGGCCAAGGAGGGAGUGGUCACGCGGAGACCCGGAGUGGCAGCGUCUCUGCCUGCUUGAAGCUGUGCCUCGGCUGGGUGGGGGCUGUGGGGGGUGCCCUGGGGGUCCCUGUCUCCGUGCUGCUGAACCUGAGGAGCAACCAGUGCCUGUACACCUGCCUCACCCUGGUGUGCUGCCCUCUGCUGGUCAGGCAGUUCACCGUCUUCCUGCUGCUACUCCUGAGCCUUGACUCCCACCUGAUGCAGCGUCUGGGGAGCAGGUACAGUGCCGUGGUGACCCAUCGUCGGGCCCUGUUCGUGGUCCUGCUGUGUUGGGUGGCAUCUGUCAUUUCCUCCUUCGCCCAGUUCAUUGGAUGGAACGUCUUGGAUACCUGGGGAGGAGCUGAAGGAGGCCUGGAUGGCCUGGGGCUGGAAGGCAUCGCCCCGGGUAACCGGACCUCUGUUCAUUCUCCUCCACGUCCCGCUCCUCCCAAGUACAACCAGGACCGCUCCGUGAUCGGGAAGUACCUGCCUUAUGGGGGCUUCCUGUCCAGGUUCUACGUAGAGGAUCUCCAUAACUUCACCUACGCAGAGAUCCAUGGAAGUCACUGGGGUGUGUGUUCCCCCGACACUGUCCUCAGCCCCCAUUUCCUGGUCUAUGUGUACGGAGUGACCGUCUUCCUACUCCCCCUGAUGGGGCUGCUGGCUAUCUACCUGGACCUGGUCUGUCUGAUGCCUAGACUGGACAGCGAUGGCCCCGGCUCUGGCCCUCAAAAACACCGCUCUUCACGCGCCCGCUCCCUGGGCUUCUCUCUUUGCCUUCUUAUCAUCCUGUGUCUACCCCUCCAUAUCACCCACUCCCUCCUGCUCUACUCCCCGGGGACGCUGCCUCCCACCUGGGCCUCCUCACUGGUCUUGCUCCUGUUUCAGCUGUAUGGUCUGGUGCCCCCUCUCCUGUUUACCACCCGGCCUCCGCCUCACCAGGCACCCCGUGGGAGUAAGGCGGCGGGCAGAGCCCUGUGUUCAGCUCUCCGGGGUGUGUUCCCGUCACUCAAACGGAGGGUAUGCCCAGAGGUGUGUGUGUAACAUGGAACAGGAAAACAGGAAGUGGUUGAUUGUAAGAGUGAAAGGUACACACCGCUUCUAAGCUCUCACAACAUCAGCGUUUCCAUCUCAUAUGCUAUUACCUUCUCCCUCCUUUAGGUCCAUUCGUCAAUAUGGCAAUAUGCUGCAAUUGUUUAACAUCCCAUUUCCUUCAUGGUUUGUCCACAGAAGUGAGAUUGAAUUCUGUGAGUAAAUUGGGUCGUGUAUCAUUGUGUAAUUCCACAUGGAGGCCCCUUGUGUACGUACUCUGAUAUGUACCUACAUUCAUCAAGCUGCCAGUAGUACAUACUAGACACAUUGUUCAUACACAUGCUGUUAAUUAUUUAGUCUCAUAUCAAAUAACGUGAUGAGUCACACAGCAGACCUCUAUCCUCACACCGAUGCAGAACUUGGCAUUAGUAGAUCCCGGGGCUGCCUGUACAAUAACAUGCCACCAGCUGCUAUUGCUGCUAUAGAUCUGGGUUUGAUCAUGUCUAAUUAAACACACUGUAAUGGCUGGUCCGUCAGACCUCAUACGGCACGGAAACAUAAUUAAGCAGAGUGCA